AUGGCAACUGCAUCAGUAUUGACCCCUAUCAAAUCCCGCCGUGAUGGCAUCUUCUCCUCCCGCCUCGCCGGUGGCCGCAUGCCUCUCUCGCCAUCGCCGUCGACACCCAAGACCGCCGCGAUCGAGCCCACCGAGAGCAUCCACCAUGGCAACGUGAACCUCAUGUCGCGCUUCUCACGAUCCGUGUCCAAGACCAACGUUCGCGACUCGCCCAAGUCCAAUAUUGCGAGCCGCCACCCACAGUCACCACGCCGCCUCGACACCUUCGACAGCGACUUCACCCUGACUGGCACUGGUCCCCGCCCAAGCACCGCCACCUCGGCCAAGAACACACCAUCCCGCUCCAAGAGUGGCCGUUCGACCUCAGUGCACAGGACACCAAAGCGGUCGCAAGGCAAGAUCAACUACACCGCCGCCGACCGCUUCAUCCCGAACCGCGACGCCAGCGAGGCAAUCUCUUCCCAGGGCGCAGCUGUCAAGCUUGAUGGCGAGCGCACUCCUGGACGUCGACCAAAGUCAAUCGCAUCAGAUGGGUCUGCUGCACUCGCCGCCAGUGUCAGCAGCGCUUUUGACCUUGGCCGAAGCUCUACUUCUGACGCCACUGCGUCUCUCUCCCUCGAGGGCCUUAACCUCAACGACGAGGACGAUGACGACGAGGAGCCAAAGACCAAGCCAAGCCCAAACACUGUUGCCUACCAGCACUCGGUUGCUGAGGCAUGUGGUGUGAGCAUGAAGCAGCGCAUCCUGGCCUUCAAGCCUGCUGCUCCAGAGUCUUCCCGUCCAAUCGACCUCCGAUCUCAGUACAACCGUCCACUCAAGCCAACUGCCGCCUCUGCAUCUCAGUUCCGCCGCCGUGUCCUUACCGCACCAGAGCGUGUUCUUGACGCACCAGGCCUCGUUGACGACUACUAUCUCAACCUCCUCGACUGGUCAUCUGGCAACCAGGUUGCCAUUGGCCUCGAGCGUGACGUCUACGUCUGGUCUGCAGAGUCUGGCUCCGUGUCCAGCCUCCUCCAGUGCCCAGAGGACACUUACAUCGCCUCUGUCAAGUGGAGCGGUGACGGCGCCUAUGUUGCUGCAGGUCUCGGUACGGGUGAGGUCCAGAUCUGGGACGUUGAGGAGGGUACCAAGCUCCGAUCCAUGUACGGCCAUGACACCCGUGUCAGCGUCAUGGGCUGGAACAAGCACCUGCUCUCCACCGGUGCCCGCUCUGGCCUCGUCUACAACCACGAUGUCCGUAUCGCCCAGCACAAGGUCGCUGAGCUCGUCUCCCACACCUCCGAGGUCUGCGGUCUCGAGUGGCGUGCCGAUGGCGCUCAGCUGGCUACCGGUGGCAACGACAACCUCGUCACCAUCUGGGACGCCCGUGCCCUCAACGCACCAAAGUUCCAGAAGACCAACCACAAGGCCGCCAUCAAGGCUCUUGCCUGGUGCCCAUGGCAGUCGAACCUGCUCGCCACCGGCGGCGGUUCCCACGACCGCAUGAUCCACUUCUGGAACACCACCUCUGGUGCCCGUACCAACAGCAUUGACACUGGCAGCCAAGUUACCUCCCUCCGUUGGAGCACUGCCUACAAGGAGCUUGUGUCCUCCUCUGGCUUUCCUGACAACAGCUUGUCCAUCUGGUCCUACCCAACUCUGGUCAAGAACAUCGAAAUCCCAGCGCACGAGUCUCGCGUACUCCACUCGGCCCUCUCACCAGACGGCCAGAUGCUUGCCACAGCUGCCGCUGACGAGUCUCUCAAGUUCUGGAAGGUGUUCGAGAAGAAGCCAGGUCAGGCAAGCUUGAUCGGUGGCGGUAGCACUACUGCCAAGGCUGGUCUCACCAAGGCAACUACCAUUCGGUAG